AUGUUUACUGGUAAUGGUAAUGAUUAUGGUAAUGAUAAUGGUUAUGAUUAUGGUAAUCGUAAUGAUAAUAAUAAUGGUAAUGGAAAUGGUAAUGGUAAUGAAAAUGGUAAUGAUAAUGGAAAUGGUAAUGGUAAUGAAAAUUGUAAUAAUAAUGGUUAUGUGAAUGGUAAUGGUAAUGAUAACGGUAAUGAUAAUGGUAAUGAUAAUGGUAAUGAUAAUGGUAAUGAUAAUGAUAAUAGUCAUGAUAAUGGUAAUGAUCAUUAUAAUGGUUAUAAUAAUGGUAAUGGUAAUUGUAAUGAAAAUGGUAAUGAUAAUGGUAAUGAUAAUGGUAAUGAUAGUAUCGAGGAUGGUGAUGUGCCAACAUAA